GUGUGGAGAAAGAAAGGAUCUGCUCAUGGUCCAAAACAUACAAGCUCAUCUGUGAAACAUGGUGGAGGUAGUGUCACGGCUUGGGCUUGCAUGGCUUCUUCUGGAACGUUCUCACUAAAUCUUUCUGGAUGAUGGAACUCAUGAUGGUAGCAGCAGAAUGAAUUCAGAAGACUACAGGAACAUUUUGUCUGACAAUUUACAGAGAUUUACUGCAUCCAGAUGAAUCAGGACCUACUUCAUCAUGCAGCAAGACAACGAUCCAAAACACUUUGAAGUGGAAGGUUUUAGACUGGCCAAGUCGAUCACCAGACCUUCACCCAACUGAGCAGCAUCUCACCUCCUGCAGAGGAGACUGAACAGAGAACACCCCCCCUGAAACAAACACCAACUGAAAGGAGCUGCGGUGCUUCUUAAAACAUGCCCUGAAAUGGGCCGGUGUCCCAUCCGGGAUGAAUUCUGCCGUCUUAUACCCAGUGUUCCUGGAAUUGGCUCCGGAUCCGCCCUGACCCUGACCAGGAUAAAGCGCUUACUUAAGAGGAUGGAGGAAUUAUUAUAUUUAAGUAUAGCGUUAUUAUAUUUACAUAUUACUGUUAUAUUUAUACAGUACAGUUCUCUUCCUCCAGACUUUUUGACUUUUUAAUACUCCCCCCUACACACACACACCACACACACACCGUGUGGGAUCACUCGAGCGCGUGAAUUCCAGAGGCUGAGCCCCGGGGGACUACAGGGUCUGAUCCUAAACAUGUGAUCAUGUGUGUGUGUGUGUGAGAAGUUAUGAUUGAGACGAAGCGCAAUCCCCUGCACUCUUUCACUCUUUCACGCACUCCGGGGAGUCUGAUGCUCUCGCGCGCUUUGAUCAUGCAGCCGGUGAGUCUCGGGGUGCUCUUGUUCCUGCAGCUCGCACGUGUAUCGCGCGCGCAGUUCCCGCGACCGUGUGCGACGUCCGAGGCGCUCCGGACUAAAACGUGCUGUCCCGCGUGGCCCGGUGACGGCUCGGUGUGCGGCGUGAGCUCCGGUCGCGGCUUCUGCCAAGACGUGCGGGUGUCCGAUCUGCCGAACGGGCCUCAGUUCCCGCACAGCGACGUGGAUGACCGCGAACGGUGGCCGCUCGUUUUCUACAACCGCACGUGCCAGUGCGCGGGCAACUUCAUGGGCUACAACUGCGGCGAGUGCAAGUUCGGCUACUACGGUGCCAACUGCGCGGAAAGGCGCGAGAGCGUGCGGCGGAACAUCUUCCAGCUGUCGGUGGCGGACCGGCAGCGCUUCAUCUCGUACCUCAACCUGGCCAAGAACACCAUCAGCCCCGACUACAUGAUCGUGACGGGCACGCGCGUGCAAAUGAACGACAGCGCGACUCCGAUGUUCGCCAACAUCAGUGUGUACGACCUGUUCGUGUGGAUGCACUACUACGUGUCGCGCGACGCGCUCCUCGGCGGUCCUGGCAACAUCUGGUCGGACGUGGACUUCGCGCACGAGGCCGCCGCCUUCCUGCCGUGGCACCGCGUCUUCCUGCUCUUCUGGGAGCACGAGAUCCGUAAACUCACCGGCGACAUCAGCUUCACCAUCCCGUACUGGGACUGGCGGGACGCACGAGACUGCCAGGUGUGCACGGACGAGCUGAUGGGCGCGCGCAGCCCGCUCGACCCCAACCUCAUCAGCCCCGCCUCGGUCUUCUCCUCCUGGAAGGUGAUCUGUACUCAUCCAGAGGUGUAUAACGCACGUGAGGUGCUGUGUGACGCUGCACCGGAGGGUCCGCUGCUCCGUAACCCUGGCAACCACGACCCCAGCCGCGUGGACCGGCUGCCUACCGACGCAGACGUGGAGUUCGUUCUCUCCCUCACACAGUACGAGAGCGACACUCUCGACAGGCGCGCCAACAUGAGCUUCCGGAAUGUGCUGGAAGGUUUCGCAAGUCCGAAGACAGGUAUAGCAGUGUCCGGUCAGAGCACGAUGCACAACGCACUCCACAUCUUCAUGAACGGCUCGAUGUCAUCAGUGCCGGCGUCAGCUAAUGACCCCAUAUUCCUUCUGCACCAUGCGUUUAUAGACAGCAUCUUUGAGCGAUGGCUACGUCUUCACCGGCCCCCGCGCACUAUUUACCCUGAAUCCAACGCUCCGAUUGGCCAUAACGGAGCCUACAACAUGGUGCCCUUCAUCCCUCUGUACAAAAACAUGGACUACUUCAUCUCCACCAAAGAGCUGGGAUACGAAUACACUUACCUACUGGAUCCAACUCAGCGGUUCCUGCAGGAGUUUAUCACUCCUUAUUGGCAGCACAUGCAGCAGAUUUGGCCCUGGCUGCUUGGGGCCGCGGUGCUCGGGGCCCUGGUUGCCGCGGUCAUCGCCAUGAUUAUCAGAAGGGUUGUCAAGGUGACGCGUCGCCGAGGGAACAGGAAGAAUGGACACGGAGAGAAACAACCACUACUGAACAGCAGCGAGGAGGAGGACACCGCUUCGUACCAGACCACACUCUGAUCAUGCACACACACACAUACAACACACGCACGCACGCACACACACGAUUACACAGAGACAUCAUGGUACACAUACUGAAUUUGUACUGUAUGAACACACACACAUGGAUAUCUCAACACACAGACACACAGAAAAGUGAACACACACACACACACACACACACACACACACACACACGGAUAGUUCAACUCACUCAUCUCAUACACAAAUAUACACACUGGUAAAACUCUGAAAUGGAUAACUGAACACACACACCUCUCAUACACAAAUAUUCACACGGGUAACACUCAGAAAUGGAUAAAUGAACUUAAACACACAGAUAACUGAACACACACACACACACACACACACACACACUGUCAGACCAAAAGACUGUACUGUACAUUAAUCUAAAUGCUUGUUAUGUGAAUAAAAUGAACAUGUACUGUGUUAAUAAAACACCAAUAAUGUUUAUAUACUGAUUAAAUAAAGGGCUCAUAAAAUCCA